AUGCGGGCGGCGCCCGGGGCGCAGCCGGAUCGGCCCUUCAAGCUCAGGAAGAGUCUCGCCAGCCGGCGGGAAGAAGUAGCAGGGAUCCGAGCCAAGUUCCCGACAAAAAUCCCGGUAAUUGUUGAGAGAUACCAUAAAGAGAAAUACCUUCCUGUCUUGGACAAAACCAAGUUUCUGGUUCCCGAGGAGCUGACCAUGGCACAGUUCAUAACCAUCAUCAGAAGCAGGAUGGCUCUGACAGCUACACAAGCUUUCUACCUGCUGGUGAACAACAAAAGCCUAGCCAGUAUGUCCUUGACAAUGGCAGAAGUGUACAGGGACUACAAAGAUGAAGAUGGCUUUGUGUAUAUGACCUAUGCUUCCCAGGAGAUGUUUGGAUGCUUAUUACCCACUGCCCAAGGGAAAACUGUGGAAUGCUUUCAGAAAAUCUAAGAUUGGGUUCAUAUGCUGCAGCAAAGCAGUUUGCUCUGAAUCAUGCCUGUGACAUGAACCUUGGAGAUGCUCCUUCCAGUGUGAGCUCUUGAGCUCUGUAGUGGGAGUUAUGACCCAAAAGCUGGCAGGACCAGCUUAAGACAGAAAAGGUGGUACACUUUCCCUAGGUAAUAAUUUGGAUAUCUAUUUUUAUAUUUGAAGACACUAUGGGUUAGGUUUUUUUUUGUCUUUUGA